UUUACAUGAAGUUUCUUCAAUAGAAUCGUAAGAUACAAAAUGGAAGGUGUUGGGCAAGGUGGCAAGGGUGGUUUUGAAUUCAUAAAGGUUGAUGGAUUAGCAAAGGCUAUUGGUACCUCAGAACCUGGAUUAAGAUUUCUUAUAGCACUUCUUAUCGGCUACCCUUUGGCACUUCUGUAUCAUGCUACAGUGGCAAGAGCAAGCCCUAUUGUCAAGAACCUGUACUUUACCAUAUUUGGACUAAAUAUACUAUAUUUUUGCUUUGCUCAAGACUUUGUGUACCCAGCCAUUUCCAUCCUGGUUACAUAUAUUGUGUUGGUGCUGAUUGGUGGGACUAGAGCAUCUGUUUUUGUGUUGUUUUCUUUUAACAUGGGAUAUCUAAUUGUUGGUUACAUCUUCACUUCAUCAGAUAGUUAUGAUAUCAAAUGGACAACACCUCAGUGCAUUCUUUGUCUACGUCUUAUCGGUCUUGCUUGGGAUUGCUAUGAUGGAAAACGCCCAAAGGAGGUGCUGUCAAACGACCAAAAACUGACUGCCCUUGAUCGAAUUCCAACAUUAUUAGAGAUUUGUGGUUUUUCCUUCUUUUACGGAGCGCAAAUGGCUGGCCCGCAGUUUCCAAUGAAACGCUACAUCGCAUUUAUCGAAGGAACACUAAUCGAUGAAAAUGCCGAAAAGAAUGGCGGAUCCAGGUUUGUCGCUGGCUUCCUUCGCUUUUCUCUCGGUGUCGUUUUCUUAGUUUCAUUUGUAUUAUUGGAUCCAGUUUACCCCACCUACCACAUUCUUACGAAGGAUUUCCUUGAUGCUCCGCUCUGGAAGAAGUGCAUUGAAGUGGUCUUCUGGUACCAGAUAAUGUUCUUGAAAUACAUCUUUGUUUGGCUUUUUGCUGAGGGCUGCUGUAUCUUGACUGGCUUGGGUUACAACGGUGUUAACAAAGAUGGCAAAGCAAAGUGGGAUGGACUAAAGAAUAUUCGAAUCACCAAAUACUUUACUGGUUAUUAUUUAGAGACUCUUGUUCAUUGCUUCAACGUGAACACCAACGAAUGGGUUGCAAAAUAUGUAUUCAAGCGUCUGCGGUUCCUAGGCAACAAGAAUAUCUCUCAUCUUACUGCGCUGCUGUUUCUGGCAAUCUGGCAUGGAUUCUAUAUAGGAUACUUUUUAACCUUCGCAAGCGAGUUUGUGAUUAUUGUUCUACAAAGACAGUUUGCUGAUAAUGUUCAUCAUUUCACUGGAUUGGUUUUCGAUGACCUGAGCCUGCCAAUUAAGUGUCUGCUAAUCCCGUUUAUGUACGUUUUCAAACAUGUCGCGUUCGCAUAUUCCGUUAUCCCAUUUGCACUGUUACGGUGGAGGAGAACUAAAGUGGUUUAUGGCUCAAUGUAUUACAUAGGCACUGUAAUCACACUGGUUGUUAUUGUGGUGAAUCUUUCCAUUUGGUUUUACCGGCAAAGUAAGAAGCCAAAAGUGAAAGACAGCGCGAAGACAAAGUAAGAUUGAUUCAUGCCGGCGAUGGUAAAGAUUUUGCGAGGUCAGAAAAAGAUCGUUGCUAUGUUUUGAGUGAUCAUUUCCACCGCAUUAUUCAACUUGCCUUUUGGAACACAAAAUUUUGAAUGUCACUGCUGAUGUUUUUUAACGAUUGUAAUCAUAUUUGAAUAAGAGAUUCUAUUUUAUUUCAAGCGAGUAUCA